AUGGACGAAGUUAAUGUUGAAACGUGUUAUAAUUUAUCUUAUUUCAAAGACCUUAUGAAAGAAUAUAGAAAGAUAGACGAUAAUAUCAUGCUAAGGAUGAACACCACUAAUACGCAUUCGGAAGCCGCUUGUGCGGAUUUUUUCAAACAAUUAUCCGAUGCUUAUCAAAAGAGAGAACGGAUUUUAGAUGCUGAACUUGAAAAAAAGCAAAAAGCGUUAGAUGAUGAUCCAUUUGAUAACAACUUAAAAAAUCAAAUGUUUGUUGAUGAAUCAAAGCGAAGAAUGAUUAAUAAUGAAUUGACAGUAGAAGAUAUUGUAAGAGAGAGAAGUCUAUCAGUAUUUAAGAACAAAUGUCGUAUAUUCCAUAUGCCAAAAGAAUUUGAGUAUUUCAUUAAUAAAAGACGAUAA